AUGCCACCCAGCACAUCCAUCGCCACCAGAGCCCGCACACUAAGCCAGACCCCCCUCCGUCACCAGCACCGGCAUCUCCAUCAACACCGCAACCGUCCAGCUCGCACCCUCCUCCUCACCUUCGACGCCUUUGAAACACUCUUCUACCCGUGUCCGCCCGUCCCAGAUCAAUAUGCCGCAAUCGGUCACUCCUUCGGCCUUUCCAAAGCGCUAGUCACGCCGUCCAGACUCAAGGCUGCGUUUAAACACGCCUUUCAGACGCAGACCGCACGGUAUCCGAAUUAUGGGCGCGCGGACGUGUUGCGCGGACGGUAUGCGGGGCCAAGACAGUGGUGGGAGGAGGUGAUUCGGAGGAGUUUUGCGACGGUGUUGGCGGAGGAAGUGAAUGGAGAUUCGUCCUCUGCGUCCACGUCCACGUCUACAUCGCGUCGCGGUGAUCUGGAGCUUCCUAGUGGAAUGAUCGAGAAGUUGUUGGACCGCUUCAUGGGGGACGGAGGUUAUAGGCUGUACGAUGACGUUUUGCCGUUUUUCGCAAAGAUGCGCGACCUGCGAGCGAGUGACUCGUCGGACGUGCAAUCCAAAACGAAACUCCCCUUUGACCGAAUUGUCCUUGGCGUGAUAUCGAACUCGGAUGAUCGCGUUCCCGAGGUCCUCAAGUCGUUGGGGCUUCGGGUCGGGCGUACGCGUGCCGAUGUAGAUCGAUCCAGUACGGCAUUACCUGGUUUCGAGGAGCAGGAAGAUGCGGAGAAUCAGCACCAGCCUUGGGCUGAUUCUGGGCUCGCGGACGUUCUGUCGGACGUUGACCUGGAUCUGGUGAUUACGAGCUAUGAGGCCGGGGCCGAGAAACCAGAUCGAUUGAUAUAUGAUGUUGCAAAGCGGCAGGCGCGGAGGUUUGUACAACACCAGGAUCGCGGGCUUGAGUCACGAUCUGGUGUUACGGGUAUGGAGGGAGAGGAAUCUGACGGCUGGACUUGUGUGCAUGUCGGAGACGAUUUCAAGAAAGAUUAUGCGGGGGCUGUUGAUGCGGGCUGGAAGAGUUAUCUUCUGCAGCGUGAUGGUGAUGCAGAAGAUUCGGCUACUACUAUUCAAUCCCUGAUGGCAUUGUAUGAGAAGCUGGACUUGAACGUUUGCUAUAAGCAAAGUAUUUGA